AUGGAACCUGUUAUCCAGAAAAUUCUUGUGGUCGGUGGGAACGGUUUUCUAGGUUCCGCGGUCUGCAGGGCGGCGCUUGCCCGCGGGAUGCGGGUAACAAGCAUCAGUUCGUCCGGCAGGCCAUACACGACGCCCAAGGGCCAUUCGCCCGCCUGGACAUCCAAAAUAGAGUGGCGGACGGGCGACGCGUUGCAGCCCGAGUCCUACGCGCACUUGCUGCCCGGUGUGACGGCCGUAGUGCACACGACGGGCACGCUCUUCGCCGACACGCGGUAUAAGAAUGCACUGAAGGACGGAAAUGUGCCUGCGCUCCUGGGCACGCUGGUCUCUAACCUCACCGCUAGCGGGUCGUCGGCGAACCCGCUGGAGAAGAGAGAUGCACCUGGAGAAUAUGAACGGCUGAACCGCGAUGCUGCAUUGCGAGUGUGCGAGACGUUCCUCGCUAGCCCCCCCAGCGUGCCUGUGAACGGUCCGAGGCCGUUUAUCUUUGUUUCAGCGGAGGAUGCAACUCGCCCCUUCAUCUCAGCACGUUACAUCGAGACUAAGAGAGAAGCAGAGCUUGGGAUUGAGAACAUGACGAAGGGCAGACCUGACUACCGCGCGGUAUACAUCAGACCGAGUAUGAUGUACCAUCCCCAUUUUCGCCCCGUCACCUCGCCCAUCGCAGCACUGCUCGAUCUGUCUGCGACGAUCCAUUCAAAAGCGCCGUCGGGGUUCCCGACGCCAUCAAGCGUAUUGCGGUCGUUGGCGUCGGCAUUUCCUGCGGCGUCCUCCGACCCUUCGCCACUUGUCGGGCCUUCCCCCCUGGAUUCUAUAGCCAACGCGCUGACCAUUCCGCCCAUCCAUGUCGACCAUGUCGCCGAGGCAAUAUGCAUCGCGGUGGACCAGGCACGGCCCGAUGUGAAAGGCGUGGUUGGCGUCAAGGAGAUGAGGGACUUGAUUGGAUGGUCUUCGAAAGGCCAGCAGCAGUCUAGCGUUCGAGCUCAGCCGCAUCCGUGA